AUGAUCCGAUCAACUCAAAACCGAUUAAAUAUUCAAUUUAAUUCGAAGAUUUUUCACUGGGUCAUAUUAUUUUUAUUUUAUAUUACAAUCAAUCAAAUCUCAUUAGUUAUUUCAAAUGGAUGUCUUCAACCUAAUGGAAUGUCUGUAUGUUGUGCCGGUCGGGAGAAAAAAUGUUUUGUUUACAAAUCAACUGGACAAUCUUCAAUAUCUAGAUAUUAUCCAUGGAAGAAAUAUCGUAGUGUAGCUGGCCAUUCAAGUCCACGUGAUCGUUGUUAUUGUGAUGAAAGUUGUGUCAUUACUGGAGAUUGUUGUCAUGAUUAUCAUUUCAUAUGUCAAAAAACUAAAGUGGAUUGUACAGUCAGUGAAUGGGGACCUUGGACAAGUUGUGACUAUACAUGUGGUCAAAGUGUUAGUACACGUUACAGACAAAUUCAAAUUAAACCAAGUAAUAAUGGUAAGCCAUGUCCAGAGUUAAAUGAAACAAGACCAUGUAUUGGACAUAAUUGUGCAUCGAAAAGAUUCGGAAGAUCUGGAACGCUGAUGGUACCUUAUGUUUAUGAUAUAAAAGCUGAAGUGGCCCAUUUACUACCCGUUCGCGGAGAUGUAUUGGAUUUAACUAGACGUUAUGAUAUGCGUUUUGAUGUUCGACGUAAACUCUAUAUUGGUAGAUUAAUAAAAAUGAAUAAGACUGAACAACCAGAACCUGAUCCGUACUGUGCAGUAUAUGAGAUUACGUAUACAAACCAGGCUUGUCAAUCACAAAAUUUGUUAUGGCAAUUUUCACAGUCACGCGAUCUGUAUCCUCCUUAUUAUUAUCCUAAUCGUUAUAAACGGCACAAUGGUUAUAAUGGCCAAUCAAUCACUUUUAGCCGUCGAUCAUUUCUCCACGAAAGACAAUACAGUACACUUGGAAAUAAUGGUCUGAACAAAAAUUGGGAAGACAAUUAUUCGAAUUCUGAAUCAUGGAUUACUCAUUCAGCGUUACUUACACCAGGUCAACAAAUCUGUGUGACAUGUUAUCCAACAUAUAUGAGGGAAGAUUUGGGUUACAGAUGCACUGGAUCUGGAUUGCCAAAUAUUGAGACUAGAUGGCGUGCACUACGUACUUCUGAUUGUCAAGGUAGAUUUCGUAUGGUUAGUAUACCGCAAAGAUCAUGUACAUGUGGUAGAGGUGUUGCAUCAUUUGUAUUUGUCUAA